GACACUGUAGAGAUGCUCAGAAACCUGAAUAGGAAGAGUGCGGAUUAAAUCCUCGUCUUUAACGAACCAAGGAGCUUUAAAAUAAAAGCUUCCUCGAAAGACCUACAGAUGAGUCUAAUCCUGUUUGCCAUGUGAGGAGUGAUAUGUAAGCCCAGGUGUCAUCCCACCUUGCGGGUGGUGGGGAGAAGAAAUGCUGUGUUCUAUUGCCAUGACAACAAGACUUAUCGUUCUAACCUGGCUCAUACAGACAUGUGCAUGGGGCAAUCCCAUUGUGCCAGUUCCCAAGGCAGGGGAAAGGGAGCGGCUAGAGUGGGCACUAAGCCAUUCCAAGCAGGGCGAGGUGAACCCCAGUGGCCAACAGCGCCUGGAGGACAUUGAUAGUCUAGGACUUGAAGGGGUGAGAGGUGGCAACAAGACAAGCAGUAGCAAAAUGAAACCCAGCUGGAGCUCCUUAAAGCGAGGAUCUAAACUUCAGGGAAAGAUUCUAGAGGUCUGGACUGAGCAGAACUCUGUAAGGAAAACUGAUGAAGAUCCGACAGGAGAGGCCAAUGCCUCAUUGGACACCACUGACGAGUAUGCAUAUCCUGAUUAUAGAGGCAAGGGAUGUAUGGACGAGACAGGAUUUGUGUUUGCCAUUGGUGAAAAGUUUACUCCUGGACCCUCCACAUGCCCUUGCUUGUGCACGGAUGAGGGACCCCUGUGUGACCAGCCAGAGUGUCCAAAAGUCCACCCUCGUUGUCUGCGUGUGGACACCAGCCAAUGCUGUCCUCAGUGUAAGGAACAGAAGAAUUACUGUGAAUUUAGAGGAAAGACUUACACAUCCCUGGAGGAGUUCAAGGUAUCUCCAUGUGAGAAAUGCAGAUGUGAACCCAGUGGGGAGGUUUUGUGUUCUGUCUCGGCUUGCCCGCAGACAGAGUGUGUGGAUCCUAUAUAUGAGCCUGACCAGUGCUGCCCAGUGUGCAAAAGCGGACCCAACUGUUACGCGGACAAUGCAGUAAUCCCAGCGGGCCGUGAGGUUAAGAUUGACGACUGCACCAUCUGCUACUGCACGUACGAGGAAGGUACCUGGCGCAUUGAACGGCAGGCCACCUGUAGCAGGAACGAGUGCCAGCGAAGCUAGGGAUACCUUCAGCUUACGCUACAUCCAGCCUUCACCUAGACAGCUGUCAAUCUGGGGGACGCAGCCCAGCUGGGCUCUGUAACGGCCCAACAGCAGCAUUGAGCCUCACGCACACUGGUGGGAUUUGGGGGGAUUACAUCUGUCAUGACUGUCUGUGACAGCUCGUCAUGAUCUGACCUCAGUAGCAUUGUUAGUUAGCCUAAGAGAAAGGCUAGUGGCCAGGCCACAUUGUUCUACAUUCCUCAUGCCGUUUCAGAGCCUGAAAUAUGACAUAAAGUGUCAUGUAAAGUGCUGUGUUCCUGAUACUGUUAUAUAUUCACAAGCUGGAGCAAGGGGCAUGGGGGAUCAAUUCACUUAUAUUAUUACUUUGACUUUGUAUUGAGAUUUCUAACUAGUGUAAAAAAGAUAUUUAUUUACAUAUGUACUGAUAAAAUUGCGAAGACAGGAGGAAAUUUGAUUUACAGUUAAAUUAUAUUUUUUAUAGCUACAGGAUUUUGAUAUGUUAUAUAAAUAUAUAUAACAGGGUAAGAAUUUAGUGCUACUUAUAAGAAUGUAUACAGAAUAAACAGCUGUCACUGCGGAUGAAGGCAAAACAUUGUCAGACGUCAGGAAGACAAGCUGUAGCCAGCAAUCAAAUGAUAAACACACUUCUCAGCAUGUUACACAGCACAAUGGAUGUGAUAACAGUUUCAGCAAA